AGAGGAACUAGCUGUCUUCCUCAGAAAUUCUCAGCACAGCCCUUAGGAUUUAGAAAAACCACUAGAAAAAAAAAAAUGCAGAUUUAAUCUGAGUCAGGUGUGAAGCGUGGGGAGGUGAUUCUAACUGCACAAAGAAUCUGAGGUGUUUUCUAGACCCUGGACCCCGUCAGACACAGCCGACGCUGCAGGCAGGAAAAAGGGCUGUUUCUGCUGCCAUGGCAACCAUGCAAGGAGUGCCACAGACCACCCUGGAGGGGGGCCCUGCUCUGCAGUCCCUGGUGCAGCCAGUCACUCUCCGCUCCUACCUGUGGAAAGAUAUGCCAGAGAAGUUCUUGAAGGGCGAACCCAAGGUCCUCGGGGUUGUGCAGAUCCUAGUUGCCGUGAUAAACCUCAGCUUGGGGAUAAUAAUGAUGACUGCCACGUUGCCCUUCCAUGGACCAGACCCCAUUUCGGUGUACAUAGGGUACACAGUUUGGGGGUCAGUGUUGUUUAUUAUUUCAGGCUCCUUGUCAGUUGCUGCAGCAAUAAGAACUACAAAAGGAAUGGUCCGAGGCAGUCUAGGCCUGAACAUCUUCAGCGCUGUGCUGGCUUCAGCAGGGAUCCUAAUCAAUGCAUUCAGUGUGACCAUCUUCGCCUUCUAUUUAUAUCACUACAGUCAGACAUUUGAAAAUUGCCAAAUGACCAGGUCCAUUCUAAUAGGUCUGGAUGGUGUGGUGCUCAUUUUGAGUGUGCUGGAAUUCUUCAUUGCUGUGACCCUCUCUGCCUUUGGAUGCAAAGUGACCUGCUGCAACCCCAGCGGGGUCGUGUUCAUUAUGCCACCAAAUCCUCAGGUGGCAGAAAGAGCACCUCCUGCACCUUUAAAGAGUGUGACGCCACCGACCCAUCAAAAGAAAAAUGUUCCAGAAAAUCUUUUCUGACUUCAGUGCAAGACUCCAACUUAGGAAAGUACCAGAAUCCCACUCUGAUCUGUGUGUGUGUGUGUGUGUGUGUGUGUGUGUGUAUAAAUUCAGAAUCAUGUUCUUCAUUUUCUCCAGGAACUUGACAACUCAAUCCUCUGUAUCUUUAUCAGAAUAUUAGAAGUUAAAUAAAUAAAUCAUGCGUUUAGUGGUCAGCGGAA